CAGUAGUCGCUCUCCAUCCCUCUUCUCUACAUCUAUGUAUUUUCCAUUGAUACAACAGCAACGCGUUUCAGCACAGUCGGAAAGUGCAACAACUUUGGACUCGAAAUAGAGGUGUCAUUCCGGAAUUCACUUGUCUGCUCGGUUUCGGUGGAUCCCGCGACAAAUACCUUCUUCAAACAGAGAGUGAGUGCAACAGCAGCAGAAGUCGGUGUCUCGUUCUAGCAAUCAAUCGCGGAACUAGAUCCGACACGAGGAGGCUGCCGCUGCAGGGACUGCAGGGAAAAACUGGAAAAAGGGGCAUCUUCUGCCCAGAGAUAUAAUCCAUCCGAGGGACAGAGUACGCAUACGCACAAGUCAUUUCUUGCAGAUCGAAGCGAUAUGGAAGUGGACUACGAUAAAAUCUACUUGAACAAGUUGCCGAUUACGGCUGCCACGGGGGACAGCGCCUGGAAUCACUACGCCCUGGUCGAGAGCAGCUGGGGUGAGCGGAAGAUUCUGCUGAAGAUUAUCGUGUUCAGUCCGAUCUACAACACUCCGUUGAGCUUUCUCAGUGAGAUCGACCAUGAAGUUCUGCAGCAGACGGCGAUACGGCUCGAGCGAACUCGGGAGGAGUUCCUGGCCGAAACGCGGAUUGCGCUGUGCACGGACGGAGGCGCUCCCGGGUUCAGCUACUCAGUGGAAGACAACAACUUUGUCUGGCGUAAGAUGGGCGGCCCACUGACGGUCACGUUCGGAUCGGUGAUCCUACUGCGAUCGCCGUGUCUGCUGUCGGACGUCCUGCAGAAUUCCAUCAACGUCCAGAGCCAUCUUCGAAACGUCGUUCAGCAGCGCAAUCAAAUCUUGCUCGAGCUAAAAGAGGAGCACGAAGAACUGCUGGAGUUCCAGCGCCAGCAAGAGGAGGACAACCGCUUGUACGAGAUUGAACUCAUCACCAAGUGCAUCAGCAUCCUGAAUGAGAAGAAAGAGGUCAUCAACAUGAUGAAGAAGCAACUAGCGGAUGACGAGGGCGAUGACCAAGACGACAGUAUCAUCGCCGGUCCGGCGCCGACCGCAGCAGCUCCGACCUCCGCGGGUCAGGACGGAUCGGACUCCGUCGGUCGUAUCGAGUUUAGCGAUUCGGACGCUUUCGACAGCCCACUGCACGACCAGGACCAGGAGCUGGAGCAUCAGCUGCCCAAGCGGACCAAACUGCAGCAGUUGAUGGCGACCACGGCGACAACGACUCCGAGAAGCUCUGCAACGGCGACUAGAAACGAGGCAGCUGGCGAAUCUUCCGCCGACGUUUACAACAAGGACACCGAGGAGCUGCUGCAGAACAUGUAAUCCGGAUGAAUCGACCUUUACUCGUGCAAUUUAACGUACUUUUCGUAACUUAACGCUAGUUCUGUAAGUUAGUGCAAGCUAUUUAUUUACACUUCUCCUGUAAACGGUACCUUAAUUAUUUUCCCAUUCAAAACGAGCAUUUAUCAAGAAGAACCCAUUAAAUUUUCAUGCGCGGGCGGACGGACGUAUGUUUUGAGCAGAGUGCGAGUGUGUGUUGAGCGCCGUCGUCUCCAUUAAACUGUAACAUGUGUCAUAUUAAUAUCACCUAGUGAGUAAGAGAGGCAUUUUUUGUAAGUGUUUUUGGAUUUGAGAAUAAAAGUAACAUUUGGAAGGUAAAAUCAAA